CACGUGGGUGAACAGAUGAGAUACUCAGGGUGAAGUUGAACUCCAACACGGUGUCUUCUCCAACAGCUCAGGUCGUCUGUGUGGAGGAGAAAAGGAAGAUGAGGUUUGUCAACUCAUGGAAACAUUGAAUUUGUGAGACGAAAACAUGGCCGAAUCAGCAGACAACGUGGAGACCUUCUUGGAGGACUUCAGGGAGGAGAUCAUGUCUGGGUUGAGGUCACCUGAAGCUGUCAUCGAGGCCUGGACGUCCCGACAGAUGAGCACACAACAGGAAACGACAGACCUCAGUGAUGCGGUGACACCAGAGGAACAAAUGAGGGCGCUGUUUGAUUCUGUGGAGAACGGGACGUCACAAACCAAAGCCAGCUUCUACAAACUGCUGGAAGAGGAGGAUCCUGCACUCAUACGCCAUUUAGACCAAAGACGACGAAACAACAAGAAGACCCAAACAGAGCAGGAGAGGACAUCAGAAAAUAUCAGACAAACAGACGUUAAAUCUAAAAGGGAAGCAAUUAAAAGACAAAAGCAAUUGAUGAGUCAAAUAUUGGAAGAUAUUGAACAACUCUGGGAGGAAAAACAAAGAGAAACCAAGACUAAAAUACAGCAGCAACAAGAAGACAUCGACAAACUGAAAGCAGAGAAAUAUGAGCAGAGUUUACUGAUACAAAGGUUGAGUUCGGAGGUAAAACUUGUUAUUGAGACACUUGUACGGAGGAAAAAUGAAGCGAGGGAGGAAAAAACACAACUUGAGCAAAUGUGGGCAGAAAUAAGAGAAGAGAGUGAAAACCUGGAGAGAAGAAGUGAUGAGAUAAUGAAAGAACGGCAAAAUUUGGAAGCCAUUAAGCGAGUCGGUAAGAGGAAAACUCAAGAAAGUACAAGACAUAAAGAGCAGAAGAACGAAGAGAGAACAGAGAGGCUUCAUGAUUUGGUUAAAAAAUAUGAGAACGAAGCAAAGCAGACGAAAGCACAACUUGAAAGAAACAUGUCAGAUUUAAAGCAGGAGUUGGACAGAAACAGGGAGAACAUAGCGCAACAAAAGGGUCAAAUUGAGCAGAUGAAACUGAACGUGAUGGCGAAUAUCAACAAAAUGAGGCAAAGACGUGAAACUGUUGAAAUCAAGGAAGUCCCCGAAAAAGAGGCCGAGCACAUUUGGAGUAGAUUCAGCAAAAUCAAAAAAGAUAUGGAGAGACUUUGGGAGAUGCUAGAGGGGGAGAGUGAAGAAGAACUGGCAGCGAGUUUGAGUCGAGAGCUUCGGGAAAUGAAAACACAAGCAGAAAGUGGAGAGGAAAGUCUGAAAGCUGACUCGAUGAAGCAGAAACAAGACAUGGAUGAAAGCAUGAGCAUCACACCGGGGGAGGCAACGGAGAGGCAAAAACAAGACAUAGAAAACAAACUUCUACAAAUCCAAAGUGAAAGGGAGGACAUGGAGAGAAGACGAGGUGAAAUACAAAUAGAAAGGGUAAAGAUAGAAAGAGACAGGCAGACAGCGAAGAAGGAGAUGGAGAAGGUGAAACGUAUGAAGGAAAGCAUCGAAAGACAGAAAGGGGAGCUGGAGGACAAGUUACGUAAGGUGAAGAAAGAGAUAAGAGAGAUGGAGGUGAUGAACGCUGAGACGGAAAUAAAGAAGAAGAACCUGGUGAAAAUGAUGAGAAUGAGCAAAAGAAAAGAGGAGGAGAUCAGCAGGAUGAAGGAGGAGCUGGAAAAAACAGAGCGAAACACAGAGGAAGGGCAGGAGUCGAAGGCCCGAGUCAAGUGGAUCAACUUCCAGAUCCAAAAGCAGAAACGUCAGCUGGACCAGAGGCUGGAGAAGACCAUGAGAGAGAGGGAUGAGCUGGAAAUCAUGAAGAUUAAGAUGAAACGGCAAAAGGAGGAGCUGCAACAGAAACUGGAAGAUACGUUGACGAAGAUUUUAACUGUGGCCGAGAUGAAAGGGAACAUGGAAAAAGCUGCUGCGGACUUGAACAGCACUCGAGAGGAGAUGAGUAAAACCCAAAGGACGACAGAAGAGAACAGGGAAGAUGUGAGGAAACACAUGGAAAAGCUGAAGACCAUCAAAGCUCAGGUCAGCAGAUGGAUUCUGACAGAAUCUGCAAUCAAAAAGACUAUUUCAGUACAAAAGUUUAACCUCCAGGACCUGCAGACUAAACCAGGCCGAAGCCUCCUGGAGCAAGAAACAUCUGAGGAUCAACCAGACAAAGACGGAGCAGGAGAUGAAAUUAAGGAGGCAGUAAUGUCUGAAGUCCAGCAUCAAAGCAAAGACACCAAAGAAGAAGACGACGAUGACUAUGAGCGUUCGGCCCAUAAGGGAAGAGAAGAAGUUCGCUUCUUUGCUGUGAACAUAAAAGAAGAACAGAAUAUCCUUUAUCAAGUGCAGACUGAAGUUCACGAACAAACAGGGAUGGAUCAUAAUGAGGAGGAACUAGAGCUGAAUCGAAGAGAAAAGGAGGAGAUUGAAAACCAAAUAUACAAACUUCAGGAGAGGGAGGAGAGAAUAAGGGAGGACAUAAGGUACGAUAUGGACGACAUGGAAGAAAGAAGUCGAGAGGUUAAAAGACUGAUCAUGGAAAUGAAUGAGAUAAUGAGCGAAAGACCAGAAACUCAGAUUGGAUUACAGAUUACAAUAUCGGCAAAAGGAACGACUGAACUUCUGAAAGAAACAGAAAACACAGAAAUUUGGAGGACGAUUACUGCUGUGUUGAGAGAGGAAAAGGAGGAAAUAAUCACAGAGCAACAAGAGCAAACCGAGUCUGAGUUGAUAGAAGUAGAUGUUGAGAAAUUGGAUGAUCUGCAGAAAAGUGAUGUGAGAAACACUGAGAUGCAAAGACUUCAGGAAGAGGUUAACACCACCAGAGAACUGAUCCUGGAACUGAUCCAAGAAGCAGAUCAAAGUUUCACUGAGGAAGAGCUUGAAGCUGAAGAAGGUAGUGACAUUGAAAACCUGCUACACGAUAUGAAGCAUUUCAGAGAAGUUUUAAUCAUGGUAAAGAAUAUCAUGAUGCAUUUAAAAGAAGAAAUGAAUAACAUGAAACUGAUGAAAAUCGCUGCAAAAAAGCAAAAAAGAGAUCUAGACCAGAGAUUGGAGAAAACCCUGAGAGAAAGAGAUGAAUUGGAUAUUCUCAAACUCAAAGUGCAAAAACAAAACGACGAAAUUCAGCAGAAGGUGGUAAAAAUGUUAAAAAUUAGAAGUGACGUUGAGAGAAUAGCUGCAAGGACUAAAAAAAGAAGCGAGGAUGUGGAAAUUGUUGUUAGAGAGAGUGAAGUAAAAGUGGGAGCUUUGAAAGAUCUGCACGGUGAGACUGAAGCCAAGAAACAAGAGACAGAGACAUUAAAGGCAAAAAUUCAGGCUGAACGGGACAAAAUGAGAGUCGUCCAACAACAGACUGAGGCAGAAAUAAAAGAAAUUAAGGGAAUCAUGCACAAAAAAACACAGGAACUUGAUGUCAAAAUGCAAAUGACCAAAAGAGAAAUAAGAGAGAAGGAGCUGGUGAAGUCAGAACUGGAAAUAAAACGAAGAGAAAAUGAACAGACUGUUAGAAAAGGCAUGAGGAAGAAGCAGGAGGUUGAAACAAUAUGGAAUGAAAUCAAAAGAGAAAAGGAGUCACUGAGGAAAGAAAGCAAAAGGAGACAAAGAGAUCUGGACCAGAGGCUGGAGAGGACGAUGAGAGCGAGGGACGACUUGGAAAUGAUGAAGAUAAAACUGCAACAACAAAAGAAGGAGGUGUCGGAGGAGAUGGAGGCCGUUAAGAGAGAACAGAAAAGGUUAAAAGACCAGGAACGACCAGAGACGAAAGCAAACCAGGCCUCCACUACUGUCGAUCAUUUCAUUGGUCACCUUCAGAAUGUGACAAGAAACAUCAACACACACUUGGAAGUCGUUUGUGAGGAGAUGAGAACUCUGAAAAAUGUCAACGCUGAGCUGGAAAAGCAAAGAGAGGUGGUCCAGUUAAUGCAAUAUGAGAACAGGAACGUGGAAGAUGUUAUGCGCAAAAUAAAACUCCAGAUGCAGAUAAAAAUGCAACAAAUGACCAAAAAUGAGAUGGACGAGCUGAACCGGAUGAAAGAGAGUAUCCAAAAAGACAAACUGGAGCUCGAUUUCACGUUGGAAAAGGUUAAAAGAGAAAGAAGGGAGAUGGAAGUGUUGAGAUCAGAGGUGGAAAUGAAUAAAAGGGAAAAUGAGAGGAUGGUUCGAAGGGCAAUAAGGAAAGAACAAGAUGCAAAAAAGACAUGGGGUGAAGUCAGAGAAGAGAAAGAGGCUCUACAGAGGGAGACGCAAAAGAAGAAGAAAGACCUGGAGCAAAGGCUGCGGACGAUAAUAAGAGAGAGGGAGGAGUUAGAAAUAAAGACGCUGCAGCUGCAAAGAGAGAAAGACGGUGACAAAGGUGUAAUGGUGUCAGAGAACAUUCAGAAGCUGAUGUAUUCAUGUGCAGAGAAAGUUAAACGUAUGAAAAAAGACACCGAAGCGAUGAGCGAAGCUGUUAAAGACGACAAAAUACAAAUCAAAGCUCAAGCAGAUGAAGUGGAAAACAUCAAGAUGGAGAUUAAAAGACAAAAGGACACAAUGACGGCUGCUUUAGAGAAUAUUCAACAAGGGCGAAAAUAUCUUGAACAGGUGGAGACGAACAUCGACAAGCAGAAGAAAUCAAUAGAGGAAGAAAAAGAGAGAAUCGUACAGAAGUCAGAGGAGUUGGUCCGGAGAGAGAAGGAAUUGGAGAAGGAAAAGGAGGCACUUCUGCUCCGAGCUGACCAGGAAAAGAAAGAACGCAACCAAAUGGAAAGACCGGUUAUUAUUAAUACAGGAGGUGGGAGGGGAAUAAAACCUAAGAAGAAACUUGCCAAGGCAGUGAAAAUAAGAGAAAUGACCCAAGUAGAAGGAGAAAAAGAUGAAGAAAGCGUAAAAAGCGGGAAGAUGAUAGAGUCUCUGCUGCGAACGUCAGGAGGUGUGAUCCAGAAGGAGGAGACGGAGGGUCCGUCGAGGCCCAAAGACCUGGACUCGACGGAAAAAGAAAAACCUGACUCGGAUUCAACGAGGUUAGACGUGGAGAGACGAAUAAAUACGAUGGAACGCGAUAAACAACGCAUCAGAGAGGAGAUGGAACUGUUGAGAAUCACGAAGGCCGAGCUAGAAAAUAAAACAGAAUCUACCGACGGGAUCCUGGAUGAGAUUAACAGAGAGAAAGACAACGUUAAAGGAUUAGCGUUUCAGAUUAACAAAGAAAGGGAGAUGCUUAAGAAUAUCCUAAAGAGACACCAGCACAAAGAUCAACCAGCUAAAGAGGAGGACAGACGAGCAGAAAAAGAAAAACUGGAACAUUUAAGGAGGAAAUUAGAUGCAAUGAAACAAGAGGCCGAAACAACCGCAAACAGUGUCAGAGGCGAGACAGAUCAACUUCGGAAAAUGAAGACGGAAGUGGAAAAUGAGGCACAAACGCUUAAAAAUGAUGUGAAAAGAAUAACUGGAGAAAUGACUCAGAUGAAAAUGACAAUAGGAGCUAAAUGCAAAGAUCUAUUUAAAGGAAGACAGGACGAAAUAAAAACCAAAAUGAACAGAGUAGAGGAAAGUAAAGACGCAAUGCAAAGGCUGUGCGAUGAAUUACAACAGAAGAAAACACAGGUUGAUGAAAAGGGUGAAAAAGUGUCCGGUUAUGUCGAUGAGCUUCACAGACAAAAGGAAGAUCUGAUGAGGAUGAUGCACAAGGAAGAUGAAGAGAAGAUGAACCAGGACUUAAAGCGAGAUCAACAAAAAAUGUUGGAGAAAAAAUCCGAGUUUGAAAACACAAUGACUCAGCUUAAACAAAUGAAAGAACAAAUCGGCAGUUUACUCGAUGAAUCGAACCGAGAGAAAACCGGCGUCAUACAUCUGACUCCUCAAGUUCAAGUGGAAAAGGAUACAUUUCAGAAUAUCAUGACGACUACUACCAGAAAAGAAACAAAAGAAGAAGAACUCAUUGACGACGCAAUUAAAACACAAGUGCAAGAACUGCAGGAUAAGAUGAGGAUUUUAAUGACAGACAGAAAAGAACUGGAGGAGCUGAAAAUGGAUUUGAGCAGGAGGAAAGAAGAGGUUGAACAUGUCAUGGACGACAUCAGAGAAGGAAGAAAACUGCUCAGUGAGAUGAAAGCUGAUGGAGAAAUGUUGAAAAAGGAAAAGAUGAGAAUGCAAGGAAAAAUGUCAGAGGUAAAAAGAAGAGAGGAUCAGAUGCUGGAUCAAAUGAAGUCGCUAGAAACACUGAAAUCGAAACUCAAAUGUGUAAAAGAGCAGAUACACGAAAACACAAAAGACAAACUGAUCCGACUGGAACAAAACAGUGAAGACGUCCAGAAGCUUCGAGUCGUAUUGGAGCAAACAUGUGCAGCUCUGGAUGAACAACAGCAACAAAUGAAGCGUCAUACUGAGAUGUUAGAGAGAGAAAAGGAAGGUUUGGCAUGUUUACAGUCAGAUGAACGUCUCUUGCAAAACCAAGAUCUUCAAAAAACCAAGCUUGAGCUGAAAGAUGAAAAAGAAAUGAUGAGAAAAGAGGAACUGGAGCUGGAGAAGAUGAGGUCUGUCGUCCAGAAACAGACGGAAAUGUUAAAAAGAAAUAGACAAGAGGUGAAGGAAAGGUUGGAAAUGAUCAUGAUGGAGCUACAAAAGCAGAAAGAUGACACAGACCGUCUGCUGAAUGAGAUAAACACUAAGAAAACUAACAUUAGAGAUAUGUCCACCAAGGUUCAGAUGAAAAGACAAGAACUUGAGGAUGUGAUCCAUGUUGUUGCCCAGAAACAGAAUGAACAACAACUUAAAGACAGCGAGAUUGAGAGAAGAACCAAAGAGCUGCAGAACUCCAAUGAUCUACUGGUGAGAGAAAAAGAAGAACUGGAAGGACUGAGGAAGGAUCUGAACAAGAACAGAGAAGAGAACGAAGCUGCUUUGGAUGAUGUUAGAGAACAAAGACAACAGCUGAGUCAGAUGAAGACAAGUGUGGACAUGGACAGACUGAUGCUGGACAAGGAAAGGGAGGAAAUGGAAAGAAGAGAAGAUCAGCUCCUGAGGAAAAUACACAGCGUAGAAACUCUGAGAGAUAAACUCAAGCAGAUCAGUGAUGAAACACGAAAGAAAAGGGACGGAUUUGAGGAAAAGGUGGAAGAUGUGGAAAAGGUCUGUCUGGGAUUGGAACAGAAGCUCAUAGAUCUAGAUCACGAGAGAGCAAAGAUGGAUGAUCACAUGAAAAUGAUGGAGAAAGAAAGGGAUGAUCUGAAAGGAUUACUGUCAGAUGUGUUCAAACAGAGAAAACAAGUAGAAAAAGAGUUGAAGGAAGAGAGAGAAGAUCUGGAUAAAGAGAGAGAAAGGAUGAACAAAGAGAGACUGGAUCUGGAGAUGAUGAGAUCUGAUGUCCAGAAACAAAGUCAGCUUUUACAGCAUCAGAAACAGAACGUGAAACGUGGACUAAAGAGUCUGGAAAUCACCACAGCUGAGAUACAAAAGCAGAAAGAACACACAGACAGUUUAAUGGACAAGAUAAACUCUGAUAAAACCAACAUUAAAGACCUUGUUCUUCAGGUUCAGAGACGAAAAGAUGAAAUUCGGAAUUUUACACGUAUGUUAGCACAGAGAGAACAGGAAGAAGGUGGGAUGAAGCAAAAACUGUUCAUGGAAAAACAAGAUCUUGACAAACUAAGGGAAGAGCAAGAACAUCUGGACAAAAAGAGAGAAAUAAUGAAUAAAGAGAAACUGGAGCUGGAGAAGAUGAGGUCUGACAUCCAGAAACAAAUGGACAUGUUAGAACGAAAACAACAAGACAUAAAUAAAGAAAACAGAAAAGUAGAUCUUCAAAAGUGGACAGAACACACUGGCAGUCUGUUUGGUGGGAAAAACACUGAAAAAGAACAAACGCUCAUGGAUGAAGACAUCAAACAACAAACACAAGACAACAUGAGAAGUGUGUCAGCAGAAAGAGAAGUAGUCGAACUUUCAAGGAAAGAUCUCAACGAGAGGAUAGAGGGGUUUGAAGCUUCCACAAACGACAUCAGAGCAGAGCGGGAACAGCUUAUUCAGAUGACGACGGGGCUUGAAGGGGAGAGUCAGCAGCUUUUGGAUGAAAAUGAUAGAAUGACAGUGAAAAUGGAUGAACUGAAAACAAAAGAGGAUCAGAUGAGGAUUCAAGUCCAGUCCAUGGAGGCUCUGAGAGCAAAACUCCAACAGCUCAGCAGGAGGAUUUACACAGAUACUAAAGACAAAACCCACAGACUAGAACAAAUACUGCUCUGGGUUUUGGAGCAACAUCAGGCAGCCGUGGAUAAACAGAAUAAAAGCAUCACUCAGAUCACUGACACACUAAAGAGAGGGAUGACAGACCUGAUGUAUGUUCUGUCAAACAUCCAAAAGGAAAAAGAGGGUGAAGAAGACCUUAGUAAACUGAGAGUAGAGGGAAAAGACAAAGGAGAGAUGGUUAAGAAAGAAAAACUAGACUUGAAGAAGAUGAGGUCUGACAUUCAGAGACAAAUGGACGUGUUAGAACCAAAGUUUCAAAAUGUAACAGUAAUAGUAACAGAUCAAAAAGAUAAGUUUGAUGAAAAAAUGAAGAUAAAAGAUGUGUUGGAGAGUGAAAAGGCUGAUAUCCAAAAGACAAAAAGCUACUCAGAUAGUCCGUUAUAUGACAAAGAAAAUAUGGAUUUAAAAGAUCUUCAAAAAGUACAGACAGAGGUGAAAGAAGAGAGAGAAGAUUUGGAAAAAGAGAAAGAGAUGAUUAAGAAGGAGAAACUGAACCUGGAGAUGAUGAGGUUUGACAUCCAAAAACAAAUGGACAUGUUAGAACGAAAGAAACUGGACUUAAUGAAGGAAAAAGACACACUGGAAUGUAAAAAGGCUGCUUUCCAACAGAAGAGUCUGUCUGAUGAUCUAAAAACUGACAAAGCCACCAUCGUUAUUCAAGAAAGUCUCAAGAAAGAUGCAGACGAACAAGAUCCUGAAAAGUUGAAACAUGAGAGAGAAGAUCUGGAUAGAGAGAGAGAAAUGAUGAACAAAGAGAAACUGGACUUGGAGACGCUGAGAUCUGAUAUUCAAAGACAAAUGGACAUGUUAGAACAAAAGAAACUAGACUUAAUGAAGGAAAAAGACACAAUGGAAGGUGAAAAGGCUGAUUUCCAGCCGAAGAUAAAACCCAGGCUGUCUGAUGAUCUAAGAACUGACACCAUUGCUAUUCAAGUUCAGAAAGAAAAAGAUGAACAAGAUCUGGAAAAACUUAAAGUAGAGCUGAAAGAAGAGAGAGAAUAUCUGGAAAAAGAGAGAGAGAUGAUUAAUAAAGAGAAACUGGACCUGAAGAUGAUGAGGUUGGACAACCAGAGACAAAUGGACAUGUUAGAACAAAAGAAACUAGACUUAAUUAAGGAAAAAGACAUGUUGGAAAUUGAGAAAGCUGAUUUCCAAAAGAAAAAAGACCACGCUGAUGAUCUUGAAGAUAAGAUAGACACUGACGAAGCCAAUGUGGUUCUUAAAGAUCUUGAAAAACUUGAAGCAGACCUGAAAGAAAAGACAGUAGAUCUGGAUAAAGAGAGAGAGAUGAUGAGGUUUGACAUCCAAAAACAGGCCAACAUGUUAGAGCAAGAUACACAAGAUUUAAUGAAGGAAAAAGACACACUGGAAAUUAAGAAGACUGAGAAGAAAGACACCACGGAAAAUUUGUUAGAUGAUAUAAACGCUGACUACGCAAAUGUGGCUUUUCAAGAUCUGAAAAAACUCAGAGCAGAGCUGAAAAAAGAGAGAGAAGUUCUCGAUAAAGAGAGAAAGAUGAUGAACAAAGAGAAACUGGAUCUGGAGAAAAUUAGAUCUGAUAUUAAGACACAAAUGGACAUGUUAGAACAAAGGAAACAAGACUUAAUGAAGGAAAAAGACACGAUGGAAGGUGAAAAGGCUGAUUUCCAACAGAAGAGUCUGUCUGAUGAUCUAAAAACUGACAAAGUCACCAUUGUUAUUCAAGAAAGUCUCAAGAAAGAUGCAGACGAACAAGACCCUGAAAAGUUGAAAGAUGAGAGAGAGGAUCUAGAUGAAGAGAGAGAAAUGAAGAACAAAGAGAAACUGGACUUGGAGAAGCUGAGGUUUGACAUCCAGAGACAAAUGGACAUGUUAGAACAAAAGAAAAUAGAUUUAAUGAAGGAAAGAGACAUGCUGGAAAUGGAAAAAGCUGAUUUCCAACAGAAGAGUCUGUCUGAUGAUCUAAAAACUGACAAAGCCACCAUGGUUAUUCAAGAAAGUCUCAAGAAAUACGGAGACGAACAAGACCCUGAAAAGUUGAGAGAUGAGAGAGAAGAUCUAGAUAAAGAAAGAGAGAUGAUUAAUAAAGAGAAACUGAACCUGGAUAUGAUGAGGUUUGACAUCCAGAGACAAAUGAACAUGUUAGAACAAAAGAAACUAGACUUAAUGAAGGAAAAAGACAUGAUGGAGAUGGAAAAAGCUGAUUUCCAACAGAAGAUAAAACCCAGUCUGUCUGAUGAUCUAAAAACUUACACUACUGCUAUUCAAGUUCAGAAAGAAAAAGAUGAACAAGAUCUGGAAAAACUUAAAACAAAGCUGAAAGAAGAGAGAGAAUAUCUGAAUAAAGAAAGAGAGAUGAUUAAUAAAGAGAAACUGAACCUGGAGAUGAUGAGGUUUGACAUACAGAGACAAAUGGACAUGUUAGAACGAAAGAAACUAGACUUAAUGAAGGAAAAAGACACGAUGGAAGGUGAAAAGGCUGAUUUCCAACAGAUGAUAAAAUACAGUCUGUCUGAUGAUCUAAAAACUGACAAAGCGACCACUGUUAUUCAAGAAAGUCUCAAGAAAUACGGAGACGAACAAGACCCUGAAAAGUUGAGAGAUGAGAGAGAAGAUCUAGAUAAAGAAAGAGAGAUGAUUAUUAAAGAAAAACUGAACCUGGAGAUGAUGAGGUUUGAUAUCCAGAGACAAAUGAACAUGUUAGAACAAAAGAAACUAGAAUUAAUGAAGGAAAAAGACAUGUUGGAAAUGGAAAAAGCUGAUUUUCAAAAGAAAAAAGACUACACUGACAAUGUAGAAGGUGAGAUAGACACUACACUAACACAGGAUCUUCAAGUUAUGGAAAAACUCAGAGCAGAGCUGAAAGAAGAAAGAGAAGAUCUUGACAAAGAGACAAAGUUGAAGUCAAACAUUCAAAAGCAAACAGCCACGUUAGAACGAAGCAGACGUGAUCUAAUGAAGGAGAAAGACGUGUUGGUUUUCAUGAAGACUGAGCUACAACAGAUGAAACACCACAUAGAUGCUCUGCUCAAUGAAGCAAACACAGAGAGAAGAAACAUCAAAGAUCUAGCAACCCAGGUGAAAACCAAAAGAAAUGAAAUUGAGAAUGUUGUAAACACUAUUGCUUUACAACAAAAAGAACUACAAGUCAAGGAUGAGGAUAUGAAAAGACUAAGAGAAGAACUUGACCUUUUGAGGAAAGAGUUCACCAAGAAAAAACAACAGGUUGAAGCUUCCACAGACAGAAUGAGAACGGAGGAGGACGAAAAUGAAGCAGAAGUGAGUGAGCUGCAGACGAGACGAAAUCAGCUCAUGAGGAAAAUGCAAAAACUGAAGCAACUGGCUGACAUAACAUGUUUAGACAUCAAAAACAAAAUGGAUGGACUCCAUAAAUUACGUCUCGUGUUUGAACAAAAACGAGAAGAACUCGAUCAAGAAAGAGAGAAAAUGUCGAUUAAUUCUGAACUGUUUAACAGAGAAAAACAAGGUCUAAUGAGCGUCGCCUCAGACAUGAUUAAAUACAUAAAACAAAGGGGGGAUCAAUACAAGGCAGAGGAGGUUGUAGAAAUAGGAGGUCAAGAGAAAACUGAGGAGGAUUUGGGAAAAACAAAGGAGAAAAUGGAUUUAAUGAGGUCUGAAAUAUGGAGACAAACCCAUCUACUGCAGCAGAAUAAACAAGAUACACUAAGGAAAAAAGAUGAGCUGGAAAUGACACUGAAUGAGCUUGAGAACAACAAAAGACACAUAAGCAGUUUACAUGAUGAAAUAAAAAUGAAGAGAAGGAACAUGGAAGAUAUUGCAGAUCGGAUUCAGAAAGAAAAACAACUUGAGAAUGUUGUGAGCGCUAUCACCCUGAAACAGACAGAGCAAGAGGUGAAGAAAGAAAUAGAAGAGCUGCAGUACAGUAAAAGCACAUUAUUGGACGAAAAAGAAGAACUGGAGCUUACAAGGAAGGAGAAAGAGGAGGAGGAUGAAGGUCAGGACGAAACAGAGAGAAAACUACUGACUGAAGUAAACAAGGGAAGAGAAAGAAAACCAAUGAGACCGGAGGAGCUGCAAAGGGGAUUCAAAGAAGGUCAAGAAACUCUGGAAGCUAAACUCAAAGCCCUGAAUGAAAGCGUAAAACUAAUAGAAAAUGAACUGUGCACUUUGCUGGAACAAACAAGUGCAGAAUUGGAUCAGGAGAAGCAAAACAUGUCUGCACUCAGUGAAAGGUUUCACAGAGAGAAGAAAAGUUUGAUCAGGACCAUAACAAAGAUCCGAGUGAAGAAAGAAACAGUCACUGGUGAAAUAGAAAAUGUCGACAAACUGAAAAAUGAGUUAAAACAAGAGAAGAAGCGUCUUGAAGGACUACGAGAGAAGAUAAACGAAGAGAAACUGGACUUGGAGAUGAUGAGGUCUGACGUCCAGGAACGGAAUAAAAUAUUAGAAAAGCAACAGCAAAAACUAGAAGCGGAAAAGAUUGAGCUACAGAACAAAAAAAUAUUUACAGAGAGUCUUCUUAAUGACAUGACCGCCGAGAGAAGCAAAAUUAGAGAGCAGGCCGACAAAGUUCAGGCAGAAAGAAAGAAACUGGAUCAAGUUCUGAGCACGAUUCACUUCAAACAAAAAGAACAAGAACUGAAAGAUGAUGAGUUAAGGAAACAAACAGAGGAACUACAAAAGCGGAAAAGUAUUGUACAUGAGGAAAGACAAGAACUGGAACUUUUCAGGAAGGAUCUCAGGAAAAAAGAAGAAGCUGAAAAGAUCAUGAACAGCAUCAGUGAAGAGAAAAAGAACCUGGAGAAAAUGAGGAUUAAUGUUGAGGCUGAGAAGGUAUCGCUUACCGAGGAAAAGGACAAAAUGGAGAAAGACCUAAAAGAGAAAGAAGAUCAGCUCAUGAGAAGUGUACAGUCCUUAAAAAGUAUCAAAGAGAAGACAGAAAAGACAUACUGUGACAUCAGAAAUAAGAUCGGCAAAUUAGAAGAAUGCAAAAGUAAAGCACAAAAUGUACACGAUGAACUGCAGAAAAGUCUUAUCAGUCUUCAUGAAAAGGCCAGCGAGGUACCGGGUUACUUCGAAAGGAUACAGAGAGAAAAGAAAAGUCUGUUAAGAAUGAAAGAAAACAUGGAAAAUCAGCUACAACAAGAGAUUAUUUUGGAGAAACAAGAUCUUGAAAAGCUCAAGAUGGAGAUGAAAGAAGAAAGAGGCAAUCUGGAUAAAGAAAGAGAGAUGAUGAACAAACAGAAACUAGACCUGAAGAUGAUGAGAUCUGACAUGAGGAAACAACAUAAACUAUUAGAGCAAAGUAAUGAAGAUAUAAAAGAGGCAAAAGAAUUGAUGCAAAUAUCAAUAAAUGGACUGGAAAAGAAGAAAGAAAAGAUAGAAAGUCUAAUGGAUGAGGUGCGCAACAAGAAAGACAACAUUGAAGAUCUGGGAAAGCAGAUUCAGACUAAAUAUGCAGAAGUGGAAAUUGUCAUAAAAAUGAGAGAAAAAGAGCAAAAAGUCAAGGAUGAAGAGAUCAGAAGACAAACAGAGGAGCUGCAACUCAGCAAAAUCAAUUUAUCAGCAGAAAGAGAAGAACUGGAACUUUUGAGGAAAGAUCUGAGCAAGAAGAAAGUAGAGGUUGAAAUGGAACAAAAAACUCUUGAAGAUGACAAAAAUAAAAUGAAACAGGACCAGUCAGAAUUUAUAACAAGAGAGAAAGAGUUGAUGAGUAAAGUGGAAGUGAUGUCAACUAUGAUACAGAACUUGAAUCAUCUGAUUGAAGACAUGAAAAACAGAGAGAAAAGACUAGAGCAACACACUGAAGAUGUUCACAAACUGUACAGUGAAAUGACUGAAAAAGAAGCAAAGUUUGAUCAGGGAAGAGUGGAGCUGCCUGGUUUCAUCGACCUGUUAAAGACAGAAAUGGAGGGUCUGCAGAGGAUUGUGUCCGAUAUGGUGAUGAAGCAAGAAGACAUGAACAAUCAACUGAAGGAAGAACAGCGUAUUGACAUCCGUGAAGCGGAGAUGAUGCAAGAGAAGGAGAAUCUGGAAAAACAAGCAGAGAUGAUGAACAAAGAGAAACUAGACCUGAAGAUGAUGAGAUCUGACAUGAGGAAACAAUAUAAACUAUUAGAGCAAAGUAAUGAAGAUAUAAAAGAGGCAAAAGAAUUGAUGCAAAUCUCAAUAAAUGAACUGGAAAAGAAGAAAGAAAAGAUAGAAAGUCUAAUGGAUGAGGUGCGCAACAAGAAAGACAACACUGAAGAUCUGGAAAAGCAGAUUCAGACUAAAUAUGCAGAAGUGGAAAGUGCCAUAAAAAUAAAAGAAAAAGAACUAAAAGUCAAGGAUGAAGAGCUCAGAAGACAAACAGAGGAGCUGCAACUCAGUCAAAUCAAUUUAUCAGCAGAAAGAGAAGAACUGGAACUUUUGAGGAAAGAUCUGAGCAAGAAGACAGAAGAGGUUGAAACGGAAAGAAAAACGGUGGAGAAAGAAAGCGAAAAAAUGAAACAGGACCAGACAGAAUUUAUAGAAAGAGAGAAAGAGUUGAUGAGUAAAGUGGAAGUGAUGUCAACUAUGAUAGAGAAAGUGAAUCACCUGAUCGAAGACAUGAAAAACAGAGAGAAAAGAUUAGAGCAACACACUGAAGAUGUUCACAAACUGUACAGUGAAAUGACUGAAAAAGAAGCAAAGUUUGAUCAGGGAAGAGUGGAGCUGCCUGGUUUCAUCGACCUGUUAAAGACAGAAAUGGAAGGUCUGCAGAAGAUUGUGUCAGAUAUGGUGAUAAAACAAGAAACCAUGAACAAUCAACUGAAGGAAGAACGGCGUAUUGAAAUCCGUGAAGCGGAGAUGAUGCAAGAAAAGGAGAAUCUGGAAAAACAAGCUGAGAUGAUGAACAAAGAGAAACUAGACCUGAAGAUGAUGAGAUCUGACAUGAGGAAACAAUAUAAACUAUUAGAGCAAAGUAACGAAGAUAUAAAAGAGGCAAAAGAAUUGAUGCAAAUCUCAAUAAAUGGACUGGAAAAGAAGAAAGAAAAGAUAGAAAGUCUAAUGGAUGAGGUGCGCAACAAGAAAGACAACAUUGAAGAUCUGGAAAAGCAGAUUCAGACUAAAUAUGCAGAAGUGGAAAAUGUCAUAAAAAUAAAAGAAAAAGAACUACAAGUCAAGGAUGAAGAGAUCAGAAGACAAACAGAGGAGCUGCAACUCAGUAAAAUCAAUUUAUCAGCAGAAAGAGAAGAACUGGAACUUUUGAGGAAAGAUCUGAGCAAGAAGACAGAAGAGGUUGAAACGGAAAGAAAAACGGUGGAGAAAGAAAGCGAAAAAAUGAAACGGGACCAGACAGAAUUUAUAACAAGAGAGAAAGAGUUGAUGAGUAAAGUGGAAGUGAUGUCAACUAUGAUAGAGAAAGUGAAUCACCUGAUCGAAGACAUGAAAAACAGAGAGAAAAGAUUAGAGCAACACACUGAAGAUGUUCACAAACUGUACAGUGAAAUGACUGAAAAAGAAGCAAAGUUUGAUCAGGGAAGAGUGGAGCUGCCUGGUUUCAUCGACCUGUUAAAGACAGAAAUGGAAGGUCUGCAGAGGAUUGUGUCAGAUAUGGUGAUAAAGCAAGAAACCAUGAACAAUCAACUGAAGGAAGAACGGCGUAUUGAAAUCCGUGAAGCGGAGAUGAUGCAAGAAAAGGAGAAUCUGGAAAAACAAGCAGAGAGGAUGAACAAAGAGAAACUAGACUUGAAGAUGAUGAGAUCUGACAUGAGGAAACAAUAUAAACUAUUAGAGCAAAGUAACGAAGAUAUAAAAGAGGCAAAAGAAUUGAUGCAAAUCUCAAUAAAUGGACUGGAAAAGAAGAAAGAAAAGAUAGAAAGUCUAAUGGAUGAGGUGCACAACAAGAAAGACAACAUUGAAGAUCUGGAAAAGCAGAUUCAGACUAAAUAUGCAGAAGUGGAAAAUGUCAUAAAAAUAAAAGAAAAAGAACUAAAAGUCAAGGAUGAAGAGAUCAGAAGACAAACAGAGGAGCUGCAACUCUGUAAAAUCAAUUUAUCAGCAGAAAGAGAAGAACUGGAACUUUUGAGGAAAGGUCUGAGCAAGAAGAAAGAAGAGGUUGACACGGAAAGAAAAACGGUGGAGAAAGAAAGCGAAAAAAUGAAACAGGACCAGACAGAAUUUAUAACAAGAGAGAAAGAGUUGAUGAGUAAAGUGGAAAUGAUGUCAACUAUGAAAGAGAAAGUGAAUCAUCUGAUGGAAGACAUGAAAAACAGAGAGAAAAGACUAGAGCAACACACUGAAGACGUUCACAAACUGUACAGUGAAAUGACUGAAAAAGAAGCAAAGUUUGAUCAGGGAAGAGUGGAGCUGCCUGGUUUCAUCGACCUGUUAAAGACAGAAAUGGAAGGUCUGCAGAGGAUUGUGUCAGAUAUGGUGAUGAAGCAAGAAGACAUGAACAAUCAACUGAAGGAAGAACAUGCACUGGAAAAACGAAAUCUUGAAAAACUGAAGACACGGAUUUUGCACAAGGAAGCUGAUCUGGAAAAAAUACAGAAAAUGACGAUCGAUGAGAUACAGCACUUGGAGGUGAUGAAGUCUGAUAUCGAAAAAAGGACAAAUCAACUCAAAAGUGAAGAACAGCGAAUAAAAGAAAUGAAAGGAGAGUUGGAAAUGACAAGAUCCGAGAUACAGAACAAGAAGGAAAAUGUCAGCGCUGUCCUCGAGGAGAUGAACAGAAGGAAAAGCAAAAUGGAUGAAAUGAUUCUUCAAGCGCAAAGACAAAGAGAUCAAAUAGAGGGAUUCAUGAAUAAUGUCGCUAGAAAAGUGAAAAAACUAAUGGGCGACGAUAUUAAAAGGCAAAUAGAAGAACUAAAGCACAGUGAGACCCAUGUACAAGAAGGAAGAGAAAAACUGAAACUUUUACAGCUUGACGUAAAAAACACAACAGCUAAGUUUAAAGCUGCAGCAAAUGACAUCAGAAGAGAGAAACAAGAACUGAGUCAGCUGAAGAUUCAUGUUGACAUGGACGUAGAAAUGCUGUCAAAUGAAAGGGAAAGAAUCAAAGAAGAGAAAGUGACGCUGAGAAUAAAAGAGGAACGGCUUGAAAGUGACGUUAAGUGCAUGGAAUCUCUGAAAACAAAAGUUAAACGGCUCAGCGAAAGGAUGCACGAGGACAUGAAACUGAAAAUGGACCAGUUACAACAAAACAACCAGCAGGUCCUGAAACUGCACAAUGAGCUGGAACAAAAGCAUGCAGAACUAGACAGGCAGAAAGAAAAAAUAUCUUGUUACACUGAGAUGUUGGAGAGGGAAAAAGAGGGUGUGAUAACAGUGAUGUCAGAUAUGAUCGUCCAGAGAGGAAAAAUGCAAAGUCAGUGGAAGGAAAAGAUUGAAUCUGAAAUAAAUCAACUUGAAAUGUUUAAGUUAGAGAUGAAACAGGAGAGAGAAGGUCUGGAUAAAGAGAGAGAGAUGAUGGAACUGAUGAGAUCUGACAUCCAGAAGGAAGACGAUAUGUUAAAGAGAAAUAAAGAGGCAAUACUGGAGGAAAGAGACGUGUUGGAAAUCGAAAAGACUGAACUCCGAAAGCAGAAAGAGCUCACAGACCAUCUGAUGGAUGAGAAGAUUAAAAUCAGAGAGAUGUCUGCAGAGGUUCAGACACAAAGACAAGAACUUGAAAAACUAAAAGCAAAGGUGAAACGAGAGAGCGAUAGUUUGGAUAAAGAGAGACUGGAUGUGGAGAAGAGAAGAUCUGACAUUAAGAAACAAAGUCAGCUUUUCCAGCGUCAGAAACAAAACAUAGAACGUGGAUUGAAGAGUUUGGAAAUCACCACAGCUGAGAUGCAAAAGCAGAAAGAACGCACAGACAGUUUACUGGAUGAGAUAAACACUGAGAAAACCAACAUUAAAGACCUGGUUCUUCAGGUUCAGAAAGGAAAAGAUGAAGUGCAGACUCUAGUGAAAGCCAUCGCCUUGAAGCAGAAAGAACAAGCACUGAAAGAAGAGAACAUCGAAAGAGAAACUCAAGAACUAUACAACAGCAGGAUCACUUUGUUAGCAGAAAGAGAAGAACUGAAUAAAUGCAAAGAAGAGGUGGAAGUUGCCAUGGAUAGUAUCAAUGCCGAGAAAAACCAGCUCAUUACAAUGAAAACUGAAGUUGACAUGGAGAGAGAAAGGCUUCAGAGAGAAAGAAAAAUGACUGAGCAGGAGAUGAAGGAUGUGAAGGUGACAAAAGAUGAGCUUGCAAAUAUAAUCCAGUCUAUAAAAACCCUGAGCACAAACCUCAAACAUCUGAAUAAAAGGAACAUGGAGGAUAUAGAAAAAGUCAAACUAAGUAACGAACAUGUUGUCAAGUUGUGCAAUUUACUGGAGAAGAGUCGUGAAGAUCUCAGUGAGAAGAAAGGGAGGAUGAAUGUGUACACUGAAAUGUUCCACAGAGAAAAGGAAAGUCUGAUUAGGAUCAUAUCAGACAUGUUCAAGCACAUACAGGAGGAAAAAGAAACUAUUGAUAAGCUAAAGGCAGAGAUGAAGAAAGAGAAACUGGAUCUGGACAUGAUGAGAUCUGACGUCCAGAAACAAUCGGACAUGUUAAAACGAGAAAAAGAGGAAAUACUGAAAGAAAAAGACAUGCUACAAAUCAUGAAAACUGAGCUACAAAAGCAGAAGGAUCACACAGACCGUCUGCUGGAUGAGAUAAACACUGAGAAAACCAACAUUAGAGAUACGUCCACCAAGGUUCAGAUGGAAAGACAAGAACUUGAGGAUGUGAUCCAUGUUGUUGCCUUGAAAGAAAAGGAACAAGAGCUAGAAAAAGAAGAUCUUGAAAAGCUCAGGAGAGAGCUGAAGCAAGAGAGGGAGGAUCUUGACAGAGCGAUUGAGACGAUGAACAAAGAGAAACUGGACUUGGACGUGAUGAGGUCUGACAUCCAGAAACAAACAGACAUAUUACAACGAAAUAAAGAAGAUAUAAUAAAAGAAAAAGACAUGUUACAAAUCACAAAGAUGGAACUACAACAGCAGAAAGAUGACACAGACCGUUUGCUGGAUGAGAUAAACACUGAGAAAACCAACAUUAGCGAUAUGUCCACCAAGGUUCAGAUGAAAAGACAAGAACUUGAGGAUGUGAUCCAUGUUGUUGCCUUGAAAGAAAAGGAACAAGAGCUAGAAAAAGAAGAUCUUGAAAAGCUCAGGAGAGAGCUGAAGCAAGAGAGGGAGGAUCUUGACAGAGCGAUUGAGACGAUGAACAAAGAGAAACUGGACUUGGACGUGAUGAGGUCUGACAUCCAGAAACAAACAGACAUAUUACAACGAAAUAAAGAAGAUAUAAUAAAAGAAAAAGACAUGUUACAAAUCACAAAGAUGGAACUACAACAGCAGAAAGAUGACACAGACCGUUUGCUGGAUGAGAUAAACACUGAGAAAACCAACAUUAGAGAUAUGUCCACCAAGGUUCAGAUGAAAAGACAAGAACUUGAGGAUGUGAUCCAUGUUGUUGCCCGGAAACAGAAUGAACAACAACUAAGAGACAGUGAGAUUGAGAGACAAACCAAAGAGCUGCAGAACUUCAAUGAUCUACUGGUGAGAGAAAGAGAAGAACUGGAAGGACUGAGGAAGGAUCUGAACAAGAAAAGAGAAGAGAAUGAAGCUGCUUUGGAUGAUGUUAGAGAACAAAGACAACAGCUGAGUCAGAUGAAAACGAGUGUGGACAUGGACAGACUGAUGCUGGACAAGGAAAGAGAUGAAAUGGAAAGAAGAGAAGAUCAACUCCUGAGGAAAAUAAACAGCAUAGAAACUCUGAGAGAUAAACUCAAACAGAUCUGUGAUGAGACACGAAAGAAAAGGGACGGAUGUGAGGAAAAGGUGGAAGAUGUGGAAAAGGUCUGUCUGGGAUUGGAACAGAAGCUCAUAGAUCUAGAUCAGGAGAGAGUAAAGAUGGAUGAUCGCAUGAAAAUCAUCGAGAAAGAAAGGGAUGAUCUCAAAGGAUUACUGUCAGAUGUGUUAAAACAAGUAGAAAAAGAGCUGAAAGAAAAGAGAGAAGAUCUGGAUAAAGAGAGAGAGAGGAUGAACAAAGAGAAACUGGAUCUGGAGAUAAAGAGGUCUGACAUCAGGAGACAAAUGGACAUGUUAGAACGAAAUAAGCAUGAUACAAUGAAGGAAAAAGCCACGUUGGAAAUAGAAAAGGCAGAGUUUCAAACCAAGAAAGACUACACAGACAACCUGCUGGAGGAGAUAAACAGAGAAAAAGCCAACAUGAUUCUACAAGUUCAGAAAGAAAAGGGUGAACUCCAGGAAACCCUGAAUAUAAUUCAUAUCAAACAGAAAGAACAAGAGCUGAGGGAGGAGGAAAUUAGAAAAGUAACAAGAGAAAUGCAAAAUCAUAUAAGCAUCGUGAUCACAGAAAGACAAAAUCUGGAGCUAAUGAGGAAAGAUUUCAACAAGAAGAAAGAAGAAGUUGAAAAAGUUGUGGACGAUGUCAGAGCAGAGAGAGAAGAACUCAGUCAAAUGAAGAUGAGUGUUGAAAAAGAGAGAAAAAUCCUGUCUGAUGAAAAGCAUAAAAUGGAAGGUGAAAUGUCUGAACUCAGAAUGAAAGAGCAUCAGAUCUCAGAGGCUGUGAAGUCAGUCGGAACUCUGAGAGCAAAACUUCAACAGAUUAAAGAUAAAAUAUCUGAACGCCAACUCGAAUUACUAAACCAAAACCAGGAGAAUUUAGUAAAAGUGGAGCAGAGGCAGAAAGCUCUCCAUGAACAAAAAGAAAUCAUGACCGAGAUAGUGGAGAAAAUCAAGAGAGAUUUAACAAGAAUAAUAAAUGAGAGAAAAAGGCAAAAAAGUCCGAAGAAAGAGCUGUUUUUGGAGAAACGAGAAGUCAAAAUGCAGGAAGAGAAAAUGGAGAGACAAGUGAUUGUAUUUGACGAACAAAAUAUUAAAGAGAAGAAGGAGAAGAUGGAGAAAACAAAGGCCGAACUACAGAAGGAGAAAAUACGUACAGAUAAGAUGCUGGAUGAAAUAAACAGAGAGAAAUCCAAUUUAAUGGAGUUGGCACUUAAGGUUAAAAUGCAAAGAAAACAAAUGCAGGAAGUACUGAUGAUGAGUGCAUUAAAACAACGUGAAGAACAGACAGAUUCAGACGUGAUGCAAGAGAGAGGAGAGCUCAAAAAAGUGAAAAAGAUGAUGAAAGAAGAGAAAGAGGAUUUAGAGAUGAUGAGAUGUGAAAUCCUGAAACAAACUAAUCUGUUACGAGCAACUAAAGAUGCAAUAAAAGAGGAGAAAGACAUGUUGGAAAUCACCAAAACUGAGCUACAAAGAUCGAAGGAGAACCUCAAGUGUCUUCUCGACGAGAUGAACAGAAAAAAUGCUGAGAUUAAAGAUAUGGUGGUUCAGGUUAGGAUGAAAAAGGAAAAACUCGGAAGCAUCUUAAAACUAAAAGAAGAGCUCAAGGAUGAAGAGAUCAGACGACAAACACAAGAAAGUGAGGAGACGAAAGUUUUGAGGAAGGAGCUCGACGAGAAGAAAAAAGAGAUGGAAGCUGCGAUGGAGAACAUCAGAACAGAGAGAGAAGAACUCAGAAAAAUGAAGGAUGAUGUUAAUAUGGACAGACAGAUGCUUGAGAAGGAGAAAGAUCAAAUGAAAACAAAAGGUCAGAUCAUGAGAAACAUAACAUCCAUGUGUGAAGAUGUUAAAAUGACUGCGUUAAAACAAAAGGAUGAUGCUGUUAGAAGACAAAUACAAGCGCUGAAAGACAAUAUGAAUGCUGUACUUGCAAAAGGAGAAGAACUGGAAGUGUUGAGGUCGGAUCUCAUUGAGAAGAAACAGGAAGUUAAAGCAGCUGUGGAUAAUUUCAGAAGAAAGAGCGAAUAUGUGAGUAAAACGAAGCCUGAAGCUGAUAAGGACAGAGAGGUUUUACAUGAAAAAGAAAGAAUUGAUGACAAACUGCCUGAGGUUCAAGUGAGAGAGGAUGAGGUACUGAGCAAAAUGAAUAUUACGGAAGCUGAGAGAGAAAAACUCAAGCAGCUGAAGACAAAGAUAUGUGAAGAUGUGGAAAACAAACGGGCACGAUUAGAAGAAAACAAUGAGCGCGUUAAAGAAGCUUGUGAUCUACUGGAGCAAAAGUGUGAAGAAUUGGAGAAAGUUAAAAAUAAAAUGUCUGAAUAUAAUGAUGCAUUUAAAAGAGAAAUGGAUGCUCGGAUUAAGAUGCUUUUGGACAAGAACCUCCAAGAAAAUGAAGGUCAAACAAAGACGCAAGUCAGCGUUAAAGAACAAGACUUCGACAAACUCAAAGCGGAAAAGAUGCCAACAAGAACGGAUUUAGACAAAGAGGAACUAGACUUGGAGUUCACUGGUUCUGAUCUCCUGAAACAAAGUCUAAUGGUAGAAGAAGAAGAUGGAAAAGGUGAAAAGGAGAAGGCAAUCACAAAGGAUGAGGGGGAAAAGGAGACAGAACACAAAGAAGUUCAAGCAGGAACGUCAGAUGUGUCGACUCAGACAGAAGACAGUGGAAGCGACCGGAAGAAAAAGGUCGAGAUAGAAAAAGACGAUCUGGAAGGACUCAAAGCAGAGACGAAACAUGACGGGGAAGAUCUUUUCAGAGUCACUGAGAUGAUGAACUUAGAGAAACUGGACUCAGAACUGAUGAGGUCUGAGAUCCAGAAACAAGUGAACACAUUAGAAGAGAACAAGCACUUUAUAGAGGAGGAAAAACGGAAGUUGGAAGAAACAAAGUACGAACUGCAGGACAAUAGAGAAAAAAUCACCUGCCUCCUUGAAGAAAUAAACAGAGAAAAAACCGAGGUGAAAGAUCUUGCACUUGAGGUUCAGAUGAAAAGAAGCCAGAUGAAAAAUGCUGUGGACUAUGUUGCUUUAAAACAAGAAGAACAACAAAGUAAAGAAAAUGAAAUCAAAAGACAAAUACGUGACCUCCAACGCUUUGAGAGCGCUGGAAGGGAAGAACUGGAACGCCUGAGGAAGCAUUUUGACAAGAAGGAAGAAGACAUUAAAGCAGCUAUUGAAGGCAUCAGAGGAGACAAAGAGGAGCUGACGAAAAUGAAAAAAGAAGUUGACGUUCAGAUGAAAACGCUUUUAAAUGAAAAGAAGCAAAUACGAGAAAGACUGCAUGAGCUCAGAACGAGAGAGGAUGAGCUCCAGAGAAAAACGGAAUCUGCUGAAAGUCUGAGAGCUAGAACGAAACAGCUGAAUGAAAGAAGAAAAGAUGAGAUUAGGAACGAAACUGACAAAUUAGAAGAAAGCAAAAAUCAGCUUUUAAAACUGUGUCGGUCAUUGGAGCAAAAAUGUGCAGAAUUGGAUCAAGAGAAAAACAAGAUGUCUGCAUGUGCUGAGACACUUCAAACAGGAAGAACAGCUUUUAUUAACGUGAUGUCAGACCUCCGAAAGCGCAAACCGGAAACUGAAUUAAAGAUGAGGGAAGAAGAGAAUGAUGCAAAACGAAAGGCAGACAUGAUGCAAGAGGGAGAAGAGAGAAAAAUGCCAAAAAGUCAGAAGAAAGAGCUGUUCAUGGAAAAACAAGAAGUCACAAUAAAGGAAAAGAAAGUGGAGAAACAAGUGAUUAUAUAUGAUGAACAAAAUAUUAAAGAGAAAAAGGAGAAGAUGGAGAAAACAAAGGCUGAACUACAGAAGGAGAAAAUAUGCACAGAUAAGAUGCUGGAUGAAAUAAACAGAGAGAAAUCCAAUUUAAUGGAGUUGGCGCUUAGGGUUAAAAUGCAAAGAAAACAAAUGCAGGAAGUAGUGAUGAUGAGUGCAUUAAAACAACGUGAAGAACAGACAGAUUCAGAUGUGAUGCAAGAGAGAGGAGAGCUCGAAAAAGUGAAAAAGAUGAAGAACGAAGAGAAAGAGGAUUUAGAGCUCAUGAGAUGUGAAAUCCUGAAACAAACUAAUCUCUUGGAAGCAGCAAAAGUUGCCAUAAAAGGGGAGAAAGACAUGUUACAAAUCACCAAGACUGAGCUACAAAGAUCGAAGGAGAACCUCAAGCGUCUUCUUGAAGAGACAAACAAAGAAAAUGCUGAGAUUAAAAAUGUGGUGUUUCAGGUUAGGAUGAAAAAGGAAAAACUUGGAAGUGUCUUAAAACCUAAAGAAGAGCUCAAGGAUGAAGAAAUGAGAAGAGAAACACAAGAACCCCAAGUUACAGAAAGUGAGGAGAUUAAAGUUUGGAGGAAGGAACUCGAGAAGAAAAAUGAGGUGGAAGCUGCCAUGGAGAACAUCAGAACACAGAGAGAAGAACUCAGUAAAAUGAAGGAUGAUGUUAAUAUGGACAGACAGAUGCUUGAGAAGGAGAAAGAUCAAAUGAAAUCCAGAGAAGAUCAGCUCCUGAGAAUCGCAACAUCCAUAGCAAAAUUCAAAGAGACAAAUAAAAAGAUGUGGGAAGAUGUUAAAAUGAAAACCUAUAGAUUAGAGCAAAACAAAAAAGCACUGGAACAAAAGCUUGCAAGCCUUGAUCGUGACAGAGAAAGCAUGGAUGGUUACGGUGAAAUGAUGACAAAACAACGGGAGAAUCUCAUAAGAACACUGUCAAAUAUGCUUAGGGAGAAAGCAGACAUGGAAAAGGAAAUGCAGCAAAAACAGUUUGAUCUUGAAAAGCUUAAAGAAGCGAUGAAUCAGGAGAGGGAGGAUCUGAACGCAGCAACUGAAUCGAUGAACAAAGAGAAAAUGGAUCUGGAUCUGAUGAGGUCCGACGUCCAGAAACAAAAAGUCAUGUUCAACCGAGAUGUAGAAGAAAUGCAGGAAGAAAAAUAUAUGUUAGAAAUCACACAAACUCAGCUCCAAAAGCAGAUCCAUGCUGUUGAACUGAAAGAAAAAGAACAAGAACAUAAAGACAGCGAGAUUGCGAGACGAACCAAAGAGCUGCAGAACUCCAAUGAUCUACUGGUGAGAGAAAGAGAAGAACUGGAAGGACUGAGGAAGGAUCUGAACAAGAACAGAGAAGAGAACGAAGCUGCUUUGGAUGAUGUUAGAGAACAAAGACAACAGCUGAGUCAGAUGAAGACGAGUGUGGACAUGGACAGACUGAUGCUGGACAAGGAAAGGGAGGAAAUGGAAAGAAGAGAAGAUCAGCUCCUGAGGAAAAUACACAGCAUAGAAACUCUGAGAGAUAAACUCAAGCAGAUCUGUGAUGAGACACGAAAGAAAAGGGACGGAUUUGAGGAAAAGGUGGAAGAUGUGGAAAAGGUCUGUUUGGGAUUGGAACAGAAGCUCAUAGAUCUAGAUAAGGAGAGAGCAAAGAUAUAUGAUCACAUGAAAAUGAUGAAGAAAGAAAGGGAUGACCUGAAAGGAUUACUGUCAGAUGUAUUAACACAGAGAAAACAAGUAGAAAAAGAGCUGAAAGAAGAGAAAGAAGAUCUGGAUAAAGAGAGAGAAAGGAUGAACAAAGAGAGACUGGAUCUGGACAUGAUGAGAUCUGAUGUCCAGAAACAAAGUCAGCUUUUACAGCAUCAGAAACAGACCAUAGAACGUGGACUAAAGAGUUUGGAAAUCACCACAUCUGAGAUACAAAAGCAGAAAGAACACACAGACAGUUUAAUGGACGAGAUAAACUCUGAUAAAACCAACAUUAAAGACCUUGUUCUUCAGGUUCAGAGACAAAAAGAUGAAACUGAGACUCUAAUAAAAACCGUUGCUUCGAAGGAAAAAGAACAAGCACUAAAGGACGAGAACAUCAAAAGAGAAACCGUAGAACUAGAGAACAGCAGGAUCACUUUCUUAGCAGAAAGAGAAGAACUGGAAGAGUUAAGAAGAAAUCUGAAUAAAUGCAAAGAAGAGGUGGAAGCUGCCAUAGAUAGUAUCAACGCAGAGAAAAACCAGCUCGUUAAAAUGAAAACUGAAGUUGACACAGAAAGACAAAAGCUUUUGAUUGAAAAAGAUGAAAUCCAGGAUCUUAAGUGUAUGAUAGAACAGAGAGAAGAGGAGGGAAAUCAAAUGCAUCGAAAACUGCUCAUGGAAAAACAAGAUCUGGAAAAACUAAAUGUAGCGCUGAGGGAAGAGAGAGAAGAUCUGGAUAAAGAACGAGAAAAAAUUAACAAAGACAAACUGAACCUGAAGAUGAUGAGAUCUGACAUUCAGAGACAAAUGGACGUGUUAGAAGGAGCCAAAAACAUGAUUAAAAAGGAAGCAGACACGUUGGUAAUGGCAAAGACUGAGCUGCAGAACAAGAUGGAAAACUUUGUCACUAUCAUUCAUGGUAUAAUGAAAGAGAAAACCAAGAUCCAAGAUUUAUUGUUUCAGAUUCAGACAGAAAGAGAUAAACUUAAACGUGUUUUCAACCUGUUUGCACUGAAACAACAAGAGCAAAAAUCAAAGGACGAAGAGAUUAAAACUCAAACCUAUGAACUGCAAAUAAUCCAAAGUGCUGUAUCUGCAGAAAGAGAAGAAGUGGAACGUUUAAGGAAGGAUUUCAGCAAGAGGAAAGAAGAGGUUGAAGCUGCAAUGGAGAACGUCAGAUCAGAGCGAGAACAAAUUCAUCAAAUGAAGACAGACCUAAACAAGGAGAAAGAAACAUUUAUGGGUGAAAAAGCUCAAGUGGAAUUAAAAUGGUGUGAGUUGAAAAAGAAAGAGGGUGAAUUUAUGAGUCAAAUGAAACGUGUCGAAGCCCUGGUGGUAAAACUUCAGCAGCAGAAUGAAAGGACGACAGAAGACACCAAAGACGUAGUCAUCAGAACGGAGCAAAAUGAUGAGUACAUAAAAAGACUUAAAACUGUGUUGCAGCAAAACCGUGCAGCUCUGGAUGAACAUAAGGAAACGAUGAGAUGUUACACCAAGACAAUAGAGAAAGUAAAGGCAGGGCUCAGUCGUAUACGGUCAGAUGUGGACAUGUACAAAGAAGAGGAGGAAAAGGUUCUAAAGGACAAAAAAGAUCUUGCAAAACUCCGGUCGGAGACAGAGCAUAAGAGGGAGGAUCUUGAAAAAGAGAAACUGGACUUCGAGAUGAUUAAGUCUGACAUCCAGAAACAAUUUAAUACAUUAGAACAAGAUAAACGUUACAUAAAGAAUGAAAAACAGAAGUUGGAAUUCACAAAGGCUGAGCUGGAAAAGAGGAGAGAACAUGCAGAAAGUCUGUUUGAGCACAUAAAGACCGAGAAAAGCCACAUGAAAGAACUAGCUCUUCAAGUUCAGGUGAAACAAAAUGAGAUUCAGGAUGCUGUCGAUGCCAUCACUUCAAAAGAGAAAGAACAACAACUGAAGGAAGAUGAAAUAAAAGUGAAGAUGCAAGAGCUGGAAAACAGAAGGAGGAAUUUGCAAGCAGAAAGGGAAGAACUGGAAGUGUUAAGGACCGUUCUACAUGAAAAGGAAACAGAAGUUAGAGCAGCCGUGGAUGACAUGGAUGAAGAGAGAAAAUGGCUUCAUACAAUAACAGCUGAAUGCAUCAAGAACAGAGAAAUGCUUUCAUGUGAAAAGGAAAGAAUGGAAGCAGAACAAUCUGAGCUCAAGAUGAGAGAAGAAGAGUUUAUGAGUAAAAUGAAGUUGGUUCAGUUUAUGAGAGAAAAACUCAAACAACUGAAUGAAAGAAAAUGUGAGGAGAUUGAGAAUAAAAUGAAGACAUUACUGCAAAACAAUCAGCGUGUUCUGAAGCUCUGCACCGUACUGGAACAAAAGCUGACGGAUAAUAAAUAUAAAGAAAACACAGCGUAUUACAUGGAUCAGUUAGAGACAGAAAAGUGCAAUCUGAUGAGAGUUGUGUCAGAUAUUACCAUGCAGAGACAAGAAAUGAGAAAUGAACAGAGGAAAAUGCUUGAAAUGGAAGCCGACAUCAGAGAUAAGGCCGUCGAGGUCGAGAGAAAAAGGCAGGAACUUGAGGAUGUGAUCAAUGUCAUUGCCUUGAAAGAAAAGAAGCAAGAGAUGGAAAGAGAAGAUCUUGAAAAGCUCAAGAAAGAGAUGAAGCAGGAGAGGGAGGAUCUUGACAGAGCGAUUGAGACGAUGAACAAAGAGAAACUGGACUUGGACGUGAUGAGGUCUGACAUCCAGAAACAAACAGACAUAUUACAACGAGAUAAAGAAGAAAUAAUCCAAGAAAAAGACAUGUUACAAAUGACAAAGACGGAGCUACAACAGCAGAAAGAUGACACAGACUGUCUGCUGGAUGAGAUAAACACUGAGAAAACCAACAUUAGAGAUAUGUCCACCAAGGUUCAGAUGAAAAGACAAGAACUUGAGAAUGUGAUCCAUGUUGUUGCCCGGAAACAGAAGGAACAACAGCUUAAAGACAGUGAGAUUGAGAAACAAACCAAAGAGCUGCAGAACUCCAAUGAUCUACUGGUGAGAGAAAGAGAAGAACUGGAAGGACUGAGGAAGGAUCUGAACAAGAACAGAGAAGAGAACGAAGCUGCUUUGGAUGAUGUUAGAGAACAAAGACAACAGCUGAGUCAGAUGAAAACGAGUGUGGACAUGGACAGACUGAUGCUGGACAAGGAAAGAGAUGAAAUGGAAAGAAGAGAAGAUCAACUCCUGAGGAAAAUAAACAGCAUAGAAACUCUGAGAGAUAAACUCAAGCAGAUCAGUGACGAGGCACGAAAGAAAAGGGACGGAUUUGAGGAAAAGGUGGAAGAUGUGGAAAAGGUCUGUCUGGGAUUGGAACAGAAGCUCAUAGAUCUAGAUCAGGAGAGAGUAAAGAUGGAUGAUCGCAUGAAAAUGAUGGAGAAAGAAAGGGAUGAUCUGAAAGGAUUACUAUCAGAUGUGUUAAAACAGAGAAAACAAGUAGAAAAAGAGCUGAAGGAAGAAAGAGAAGAUCUGGAUAAAGAGAGAGAAAGGAUGAACAAAGAGAAACUGGAUCUGGAGAUGAUGAGACUGGACAUCCAGAAACAAAUGGACAUGUUAAAACAAAAGAAACUAGACUUAAUGAAGGAAAAAGACAUGUUGGAAAUGGAAAAAGCCAAUUUCCAAAAGAAGAAAGACUAUGUUGAUGAUCUAGAAGAUAAGACAGACACUGACAAAGUUCAUGUGGUUCUUAAAGAUCUGGAAAAACUCAAAGCAGAGCUGAAAGAAAAGACAGAUGAUCUGGAUAAAGAAAGAGAGAUGAUUAAUAAAGAGAAAAUGGACCUGGAGAUGAUGAGAUCUGAUAUUCAGAAACAAAUGGACAUGUUAGAACAAAAGAAACUAGACUUAAUGAAAGAAAAAGACACACUGGAAUGUGAAAAGGCUGAUUUCCAACAGAAAAUAAAAUACAAUCUGUCUGAUGAUCUAAAAACUGACAAAGCCAUCAUCGUAAUUCAAGAAAGUCUCAAGAAAGAUGUAGACGAACAAGACCCUGAAAAGUGGAAACAUGAGAAAGAAGAUCUGGAUAAAGAGAGAGAAAUGAUUAACAAAGAGGAACUGGACUUGGAGAAGCUGAGGUUUGACAUCCAGAAACAAAUGGACAUGUUAGAACAAAAGAAACUAGACUUAAUGAAGGAAAACGAUAUGCUGGAAAUGGAAAAAGCUGAUUUCCAAAAGAAGAAAGACUAUGACGAUGAUCUAGAAGAUAAGACGGACACUGACAAAGCUGAUGAGGUUCUUAAAGAUCUGGAAAAACUCAAAGCAGAGCUGAAAGAAAAGACAGAUGAUCUGGAUAAAGAAAGAGAGAUGAUUAAUAAAGAGAGAAUGGACCUGGAGAUGAUGAGAUCUGAUAUUCAGAGACUAAUGGACAUGUUAAAACAAAACAAACUAGAUUUAAUGAAGGAAAAAGACACGAUGGAAGGUGAAAAGACUGAUUUCCAACAGAAGAGUUUGUUUGAUGAUCUAAAAACUGACAAAGACACCGUUGCUGUUCAAGUUCAGAAAGAAAGAGAUGAACAAGAUCUUGAAAAACUCAAAGCAGAGCUGAAGGAUGAGAAAGAAGAUUUGGAUAAAGAGAGAGAGAAGAUAAACAAAGAGAGACUGGAUCUGGAGAAGAUGAGAUCUAACAUCCAGAAACAAAUGGACAUGUUAGAACAAAAGAAACUAGAUUUAAUGAAGGAAAAAGACAUAUUAGAAGGUGAAAAGGCUGAUUUCCAACAGAAGAUAAAACCGAGUCUGUCUGAUGAUCUAAAAACUGACAAAGCCACCAUUGUAAAUCAAGAAAGUCUCAAGAAAGAUGUAGACCAACAAGUCCCUGAAAAGUGGAAACAUGAGAGAGAAGAUCUGGAUAAAGAGAGAGAAAUGAUGAACAAAGAGAAACUGGACUUGGAGAAGCUGAGGUUUGACAUCCAGAGACAAAUGGACAUGUUAGAACAAAAGAAACUAGACUUAAUGAAGGAAAAAGACAUGUUGGAAAUGGAAAAGGCUGAUUUCCAAAAGAAGAAAGACUAUGUUGAUGAUCUAGAAGAUAAGACAGACACUGACAAAGCCGAUGUGGUUCUUAAAGAUCUCGAAAAACUCAAAGCAGAGCUGAAAGAAAAGACACAUGAUCUGGAUGAAGAGAGAGAGAUGAUCAAUAAAGAGAAAAUGGACCUGGAGAUGAUGAGAUCUGAUAUCCAGACACAAAUGGACAUGUUAGAACAAAAGAAACUAGACUUAAUGAAAGAAAAAGACACAUUGGAGCGUGAAAAGGCUGAUUUCCAACCGAAGAUAAAACCCAGUCUGUCUGAUGAUCUAAAAACUGACAAAGCCACCAUUGUAAUUCAAGAAAGUCUCAAGAAAGAUGCAGACGAACAAGACCCUGAAAAGUGGAAACAUGAGAAGGAAGAUCUGGAUAAAGAGAGAAAAAUGAUGAACAAAGAGAAACUGGACUUGGAGAAGCUGAGGUUUGACAUCCAGAAACAAAUGGACAUGUUAGAACAAAAGAAACUAGACUUAAUGAAAGAAAAAGACAUGCUGGAAAUGGAAGAGGCUGAUUUCCAACAGAAGAGUUUAUUUGAUGAUCUAAAAACUGACCAAGACACCGUUGCUGCUCAAGUUCAGAAAGAAAGAGAUGAACAAGAUCUUGAAAAGUUGAAAGAUGGGAAAGAGGAUAUGGAUAAAGAGAGAGAUGAACAAGAUCUUGAAAAACUCAAAGCAGAGCUGAAGGAAGAGAGAGAAGAUUUGGAUAAAGAGAGAGAGAAGAUAAACAAAGAGAGACUGGAUCUGGAGAAGAUGAGAUCUAACAUCCAGAAACAAAUGGGCAUGUUAGAACAAAAGAAACUAGAUUUAAUGAAGGAAAAAGACACAUUGGAAGGUGAAAAGGCUGAUUUCCAACAGAAGACUUUAUUUGAUGAUCUAAAAACUGAAAAAGCCACAAUCGUUCCUCAAGAAUGUCUCAAGAAAGAUGUAGACCAACAAGACCCUGAAAAGUGGAAACAAGAGAGAGAAGAUCUGGAUAAAGAGAGAGAAAUGAUGAACAGAGAGAAACUGGACUUGGAGAAGCUGAGGUUUGACAUCCAGAGACAAAUGGAUAUGUUAGAACAAAAGAAACUAGACUUAAUGAAGGAAAAAGACAUGCUGGAAAUGGAAAAGGCUGAUUUCCAAAAGAAGAAAGACUAUGUUGAUGAUCUAGAAGAUAAGACAGACACUGACAAAGCUAAGGAGGUUCUUAAAGAUCUUGAAAAACUCAAAGCAGAGCUGGAAGAAAGAACAGAUGAUCUGGAUAAAGAAAGAGAGAUGAUUAACAAAGAAAAACUGGAUCUGGAGAUGAUGAGAUCUAACAUCCAAAAACAAAUGGACAUGUUAGGACAAAAGAAACUAGACUUAAUGAAGGAAAAAGACAUGAUGGAAGGUGAAAAGGCUGAUUUUCAACAGAAGAUAAAAUACAGUCUGUUUGAUGAUCUAGAAACUGACAAAGCUACCGUUGCUAUUCAAGUUCAGAAAGAAAGAGAUGAACAAGAUCUUGAAAAGUUGAAUGAUAGAAAAGAUCUGGAUAAAGAGAGAGAAAUUAUGAUUGAAGAGAAACUGGACCUGGAGAAGCUGAGAUCUGACAUCCAGACACAAAUGGACAUGUUAGAACAAAAGAAACUAGAAUUAAUGAAAGAAAAAGACACACUGGAAUGGGAAAAGGCUGAUUUCCAAAAGAAGAAUCUGUCUGAUGAUCUAAAAACUGACAAAGCCACCGUUGUUAUUCGAGAAAGUCUCAACAAAAAUGUAGACCAACAAGACCCCGAAAAGUGGAAGCAUGAGAGAGAAGAUCUGGAUAAAGAGAGAGAAAUGAUGAACAAAGAGGAUCUGGACUUGGAGAAGCUGAGGUUUGACAUCCAGAGACAAAUGGACAUGUUAGAACAAAAGAAACUAGACUUAAUGAAGGAAAAAGACAUGUUGGAAAUGGAAAAAGCCGAUUUCCAAAAGAAGAAAGACUAUGUUGAUGAUCUAGAAGAUAAGACAGACACUGACAAAGCUGAUGAGGUUCUUAAAGAUCUGGAAAAACUCAAAGCAGAGCUGAAAGAAAAGACAGAUGAUCUGGAUAAAGAAAGAGAGAUGAUUAAUAAAGAGAAAAUGGACCUGGAGAUGAUGAGAUCUGAUAUUCAGAAACAAAUGGACAUGUUAGAACAAAAUAAACUAGAUUUAAUGAAGGAAAAAGACACAUUGGAAGGUGAAAAGACUGAUUUGCAACAGAAGAGUUUGUUUGACGAUCUAAAAACUGACAAAGUCACCGUUGCUGUUCAAGUUCAGAAAGAAAGAGAUGAGCAUGAUCUUGAAAAGUUGAAAGAGGAUAUGGACAAAGAGAGAGAUGAACAAGAUCCUGAAAAACUCAAAGCAGAGCUGAAGGAUGAGAAAGAAGAUUUGGAUAGAGAAAGAGAGAAGAUAAACAAAGAGAGACUGGAUCUGGAGAUGAUGAGAUCUAACAUCCAGAAACAAAUGGACAUGUUAGAACAAAAGAAACUGGAAUUAACGAAGGAAAAAGACACAAUGGAAGGUGAAAAGGCUGAUUUCCAACAGAAGAGUCUGUCUGAUGAUCUAGAAAUUGACAAAGCUACCAUCGUAAUUCAAGAAAGUCUCAAGAAAGAAGUAGACGAACAAGGCCCUGAAAGGUUGAAAGAUGAGAGAGGAGAUCUGGAUAAAGAGAGAGAGAAGAUAAACAAAGAGAAACUGGAUCUGGAGAAGAUGAGAUCGAACAUCCAGAAACAAAUGGACAUGUUAGAACGAAAGAAACAAGAUGUAAAGGAUCAAAAUGUCAAUAUUGAUGAGAGAACAAACAUUAAAGAUCUGGCAUUUCAGAUUAUGACACAAAGACUUGAAAGUAUGAAGAAUACGAUUGAUGUGACACAAAAAGAACAAGAGAAACAGAAUAAUGAGGUUCUUAAACUAACAGAAGAACUACAAAAUAAUCUGAGCACUGUUUUAUCAGACAGAAAAGAGCUGGAACAAAUGAGGAAAGAUCUCGAACUAAAGAAAAAGGACAUUAAAGCAUCAGCGGAAAGAAUCAGAGAAGAGACAGAACAGCUGAUUCAGAUGAAGACAGAACUCACAAAAGAAAAAGAAAGUUUAUUGAAUGAAAGAAAACAGAUGGAAAACUAUGGAAAAUACUUGGAAAGUCUCUGUGUCAAACUCAAACGGCUACGUGAACGAAAAAGCGAAAAUGUGAAAAGCAAAAUGCGGCAAUUAGAAGAACAGGAUAGAAAAGUUUUACAACUUUGCACUUUAUUGGAGCAAAAGUGUAAAGAGCUGGAUCGAGAGAAACAGAAGGUGGCAGUGUGUAGGGACGUGAUUCUGAGAGAAAAAGAAAGUUUAAACAAAAAAGGGCAAUAUGUUGACAGGACAGAGUUUGAUCUGAAGCAAUUUGACGCAUUACAAAAAGAAAAACAAGAUGUGGAAGAAGACAAAGUCAUGUUGGAAAUCACUAAAGAGCAGCUGCAGUUCAACGAAGAGAAGCUCGUUGGUGUCCUUGAUGAGAUAAACAAAGAGAAAGUCAAUAUUAAAGAGCUGGGUGAAGAAGUCCAGAAAGGUAGAGUCAGACUGGAGGAGGUUAUCGAUGAACCGGUGAAGAGAAGUCACGCCAUAGAGGAAGAAAGAGAAGAAAUGGGUCGUCUGAGGAGGGAAAAAGAAGAAGUUAAAGCAGCGACGGAGGAUGUCAAUGAAGAGAAAGGAGGACUAGGUCAAAAAAUGAGGAUCAGGAUAGAAGAAGGACUGUUGGAUGAAAAGGAUGAAAAAGUAAGAGACCUGCCUGUGCUGAAAAUAAUAAAACAGCAACUAAAACGGCUGAAUGAACAGAUAUGUAAAGACAACAAAAGUAAAAUGGAUCAAUUAGAACAAAGUACAAAAUAUAUACAACAUGUGUUUGCUGCAUUGGAGCAAAAACUUGAAGAACUUAAUGAAAUGAAAGAAAAUGUGGCUUCAUACACUGAGCUGUUGAAGAAAGAAAAGACAAGUUUGAUAAACAGAUCAUCAGGCGCGGAAAUGAAAAGGAAGUCAGCGGAAGGUCUUAAAGAAUCCAAAGAAAAGUUGGAGUUGGUGGAGUUUGACCUCCAGAAACAAACUGAAAUAUUCGAACAAAUUCAACAAAACAUAGAAAAUGACAAAGAAGAGCUGCGAAAAGAGAGAGAAAAGCUCUGGGAUGAGACGAACUAUGACAAAGAGCGACUCGAUCACAUGAAAGCGAAUAUUGAGAAGGAAAAAGAAUUGCUUUUGGAUGAAAAAAGCAGGUUGGGGGAAGAGGUGUCUCGUCUGAAAAUGAGAGAAAAUCGACUUUUAGAUGCGUUUGACACUGUGAGAAUCCUGGCAGCUCGACUCAAACAGCUGAACCAAAGAGCACACGGCGAAGUCCAAAUGAAUAUGACAAAACUGGAGCUGAAAAAUGGAGACAUGCUCCGGCUGAACAGGGCAAUUAAAGAAAAAUGUGAUGAAAUCGGCGGCUACUGCGACAUGGUACAGAGGGAGAAGAAAUGUGCAGCGAUGAAGCGUGACAAGGCCGUACAAACCGAGGAAGAAACACAAGAUUUGAUAAAAGAGGCCGGAUUUGAAAAACACCAUCCAGACCGAGACGGUAAAGCUGUAAAGGCAGAUCAGCAGGUAAAAGUAGAAGAAGCGGAACAGGAAGACAAGCAUCCAGGUGCAAAGCAAGAUUUAUCCAGACGGGACUAUUUACGGCAGCUGUGGAAGGAGACCAACAGGGAACGAAAAGAGAUUGAUCUGAUGAGGCGAAGAGGCCAUGAGAUGAAAAACAACCUGGAGAACAAACUGAAGGUGAUCGACCGGUUCGUUAAGAAAAAUCUGUCAUCUAAAGAGACGGAAAAAGUGGGAAAAUCUACAGAAACGAAACAAAGACUAGAAGAGGAACCAUGUCAGACUGAGCAGGAGAGAAACCGCUUCACGUUAGAUGGAAAAUACACAGAAUUAGAACAACUUCAGGCUCAGAUGCUCAGUGAGAUCGACAAACUCAACGCCAGAAAAGAAGCCUACAGGACGCUGAAAACUAGAGACAAAGCCAAUCAGACUUUCCAAACAGAUGCAGAUAAAACUCUUGCGGAGGAUUCUACGGAAACCUCUAAAGCAGACGGAGGCGAAGUUGACACGUCUAGCGGACUUUUGUGUCAGAUCCGACAUUACUGCUACCGCUGCUGCUGCCCCUGCUGCUCCUGCUGCAACCAAGUGUGUCCAGAAAACACAUAAAACCAUCAAUAACACACCGGUUCUACUGUUCGCACACAAGUAUUUUAUGCAAUUGGAACACUUGUACAUUAGUUAUUUCUUUUUUUUUUAAUCAGCUACGGCUGCAGUUUAUUAAAACACGAUCUGUUUUGACAGUUACAAAUACCGAAAAUGUAUAAAUUAAAAGCUAAGUUUGCAGUAAAUUAUAUGACUACAAAGUGUAUCUUACAGCAGAGUAAUGAAUAAGUAAGCUCUCUUCAAAUAUGAGUAUAAAUGUGUGUGUAGGAAAAGGUUCUGCACCAUUUCUUGCUUGUUUGCAUCUUAAUUAUACAUUAAAAUAAAUGAUUACUCAGUAGAAAUAGCAGCUCUUAAUAAUGCAACUGUCAAUGAAAAGUAUUUACUCAAUAAUAAGUGAUAUAUACAGUGCAUUGGAUAUGGACAAGCCAUCUAAUAAAAGUUAUUAGGUAUGGAAAAUCUGUAAAAAAAACAAAAAAAAACAUAUUUCAUAUGCACAAAUGCAGAAAUCAUGUUAAAUGUUUGCCUCUUGCUGUGAAAUAAAAUGAUCCAAAACAA